AUGGAUCGGGAGAAAGGAAAAAAUGCAGUAAUAAAUUUGAAUGAAGAGGACGAGAAUUGUGAGUCAUUUAGCUCAAGUGAAGAAGAAUUCAUUUCCUCGGAAACAAUAGAAAAAAAUUACCCUGUUGAUGAUAUGGAUGAAGAAGUGAUGAAUAUGGUAUUUGACAGUGAGGAAGAUGCAUAUGAGUUCUACAAUUUGUAUGGCAAGCUCACUGGUUUUGGCAUUAAGAAGGCAGAUGUUAAAAUUAGUCAAGAUGGAACUGUACAGUAUAGAAAAUUCGCAUGUUCUCGGGAAGGAAAAAGGCACGAGAGAUAUUACAAUCUAGCACAGAGGAUUAGGCAGCCCAGGCCAGAGACAAGGACAGGAUGUCUUGCAUGUCUACGCAUCAAACAUGACAAAGCAUCUGAAAAAUAUGUGGUGAUGAAUUUCGUGAAAGAACACAAUCACAAAAUGGCUUCCAAAUCAAGCAUUCCAUAUCUAUGGUCUCAUCGACACGUAACAGAUGCCGAUUAUGCUCAAGUACGAACAAUGAAAAUGGCAGGGGUGAAAACAAGUCAGGUUAUGAAAUUUUUUGCAAUGCAGUGUGGUAGAUAUGGUAAUGUUGGAUUUGUGCUAAAAGACCUAUAUAACCGUGUCGAUAAAGAAAGGAGAGUUUUGAUUGAGGCUGGGGAUGCAAAAAAUGCAAUUGCAUAUUUCAAUGGGAGGAAGGCCAGUGACAAAUCAUUCAUCUUUGAAUAUGAUGUGGACGAAGAAUCAAGGUUGAAGACCCUUUUCUGGGCAGAUUAUGAGUCCCAAUUGGAUUAUAAAUGUUUUGGUGAUGUUCUAUUAUUUGAUUCGACUUAUAAUGUCAACGAGUAUCAUAAGCCACUCGUUGUAUUUUCUGGAGUGAACAAUCAUUAUAAUACUGUUGUAUUCGGUACAGCCUUGGUAUCGGGUGAGAGAGUUGAAGAAUAUGAGUGGCUCCUUCACACAUUAACCAAAGUUAUGGGAGGACGAAAGCCAAAGGCCGUGAUAACAGAUGGGGACAAAGCAAUGAGGAGGGCAAUAAAUAAUGUGUUCCCAGAUGCUCGACAUAGAUUAUGCAUUUGGCAUUUGAUGAAAAUUGCAGACGCUAAAGCCAAAUCAAAUGUAUUCAAGUCAAUGUUCGGUAGGAUGAUGAAAAAGGCGUACCCCAUUGGUGACUUGGAGGAAGAGUGGUUUGCUGUUGUGGGUAAAUGCGGACUCCGCCAAAAUAAAUGGGUGGAAAAGAUUUUCGAAAUGAGGUUGCUAUGGGCUGAAUCGUUGCUUCGUGAUACUUUUUUUGCUGGAAUGCGAAGCACUCAAAGGUGCGAACAAAUGAAUGCUUUUCUUAAACAGUAUUUGAAGAAGAACAUGCGAUUUUAUGAGUCAGUCAUCAUCCAUGAGUUGGCUCUUACUCACUUGAGGCAUACUGGGGCCAAGGCAGUUUAUGAGACAGAAGAUACAAUAGUGGUUUUGGCAAUUGCAUUACAAAAGUUGGAGAAGCAUGCAUCCGAAGUGUAUACUCGAAAUGUUUUCUUUCGGGUAAAGAAGCACCUUAACAGACAAGGCCUAUAUGAUUGUUAUGAACGGAAAGAAACUUGGAAUGGCUGCAUAUUUUUUCUCAAAAAGUAUGCCGAUGACAGAACAUGGACCGUAGAGCUCAAUCGAAGGACCCUAUCAUUAAAGUGCUCGUGCAAGAAAAUGGAAUGGAAAGGGUUACCAUGCGCACACAUGUUUCGUGUAAUGCUGAUGGAAAACAUGCAAUCAAUACCAAAAUCCUGCAUUUUAAAAAGAUGGACAUGCGAGGCCAGAGAGGAGGCGGAUAAUGAAGUUCUUGAAGGGAGGCAGGAGAUAUAUGCUGAGUUGGUUCAAACUGCAAGAUUUGGAACGAUGACAUCAAUUUGCAAGGAAAUGUGUUUCUUUGCAUCCCAUAUGGAUGAUGGAUUUGCUCGUGUACGAGAUAUUGUUAUAAAGGAGACUAAUAAUUGGAGGAGAGCUUGGGUGGAGCGUGGAUUUGAUUGUGGCACUAAUGGAAGGUUAGCUGCGGAUUCAAAAGAGUCACGCUUAAGCCAAUAUUAUGUGAAGGACCCCGAGAGGACAAGAGCUAAAGGUGACCGGUUGUGUGAUGGCCACAACAAAAGGACAUGUCCUCAUAACUUGCUUAGUUACGAUGCAUGUGGUAUUUCUGGAAGCCAAGCAAUUCAUUAUAGCAACCCAGGAUCAAGGACUAUGGGUGACUCAAGAUUCCAGUUCGGUGCAUCCUCAUCUGGUGAUUUUCAAGGAGUUCAGCAUCCAUUCCUAAGUCACUCAGGAAUGUUAAAUAGAGUUGACAGAGAUGGAAGCAGUAGCCAAAAAAUUGAUCAUAGUCAAUCUCACACGAUGCAGAGUCCUUGGAGUGAAUGGAAUGGAACAGGAUCAUACACAAUUGUAGACCGAAAUAGCUAUUCAGCUUCUUUCUGGAAAAGUUAA